AUGGCUGACUUGCCUGAAAAGCGCAGCGAGCUCGCUGGCGACUUCGCCGAGGCUCACCACGAGCCUCGUGGCGGUGUCGUUAACGAAAAGCAGGGUCUUCAUGAGUCUGUGGGCAUCGAUGUCGCCAUUGCCGCCGCUGACGAUGAGCGUGCCGAGCACGACCUCAAUGUCACGGAAGAUGAUUUGCUCGAGGCCAAGGAGCUGGCCGCCACCUUUGAUCUCGAAGCCACGCGUACUCUCAUGCUCCAGGUGCACAAGCUCCACCACCGUGAUCCCAACUUUCCUCAGAGUAUUCUGGAACGGAUUAAAGAGUUUCUGCACAAUGACGAUGUGUUUGAGAAUCCGGAAAAGCAUGAGCAGCUGAUUGCCGAGAUGAAGAUUGAGGCGGCCCUCAUCACCAAUAACUCGCCGUACGCCGAGGUGCGCGCCGUCGUCAGCAAUCACGACGACCCAAAUAUGCCGUGCUCGACGAUCCGCGCCUGGGUCAUUGGCAUCUUCUUCUCCGUCGCCGUCGCUUUUAUCAACGGCUUCUUCGAGAUCCGCCAGCCCGCCAUCGCCGUGACUGCCAACGUACCCCAGCUGCUCGCCUUCCCUGUCGGCAAGCUGUUCGAAAAGGUGCUCCCUGACGUGGGCUUCACGCUAUUUGGCGUCCGUCACAGCCUCAAUCCAGGCCCCUUCAACCGCAAGGAGCAUAUGCUCAUCACCAUCAUGGCUUCCAUCUCAAAGUCGGUUCCCUACACAAACUACAUCAUCUGGAUCCAGUACCUGCCGCAUUUCUUCAACCAGAGCUGGGCGCUGAGCUUUCGUUACCAGAUCCUCAUUGCCCUUUCGACCAACUUCAUCGGCUACAGCCUGGCGGGUAUUUGUCGGCGGUUCCUCGUCUAUCCGUCGUACUGCGUGUGGCCGCAGUCCCUCGUCACGAUUGCCCUCAACUCGGCCUUUCAUGGGGACACCAACCCUGCCGUGGCUGGUCCGUUCCGUACUUUUUGGCGCAUGAGCCGUCUCAAGUUCUUCUGCAUAGCCUUUACCGCCAUGUUCGUGUGGUUCUGGUUCCCCAACUACAUCUUCCAGGGUCUGGCAUACUUUUCCUGGAUGACCUGGAUCGCGCCCGAUAAUGCCAAGCUGUCCGUCAUUACGGGCGGCUUGAAGGGCCUUGGCCUCAACCCUCUACCGACCUUUGAUUGGAACAUUGUCAUCUACCUGUGGGACCCUCUGAUGCUGCCGUUUUUCAGCAUUGCAAACAACUUUGGCGGAAUGGCCAUCACCAUGCCCGUUAUCGCCGCCAUGUACUACAGCAACGUCUGGGGCGCUGCUUACCUGCCCGUCAACUCCAACAAGCCGUACGAUCGCUUCGCCAAGAACUACAACGUCAGCAGUAUCCUUGAUGACCAUGGUAUCAUGGACCUUGAAAAGUACAAAGCCUACUCUCCCCCAUACCUCUCGGCCGCGAACACUGUCGUAUAUAUGAUCUUCUUUGCCGUUUAUAGUGCUGUUGUCACCUACGCCGCUCUCUUCCACCGCACCGAGAUCAUGAUGGGCUUUCGCGAUCUGAUCAACAGCUUCCGUCCGUCCAAGAAGCACGAGGUCGAAGAAGGGCGUGUUCUUGACGUCCACAACCGUCUGAUGAAGGCCUACAAAGAGGUUCCUGAGUGGUGGUACUUUCUCACCCUCAUCUUCGCCGUUGCCGUCGGCUGCGUUGCCAUUGCCAUCUACCCCACGUAUACGUCUGUCGGUGUUGUUUUUUACGGCGUCAUCAUGUGUCUCAUCUUUGUCGUUCCCGUCGGUAUUGUCUACGCGAUGACUGGCGUCGAAGUCACCCUCAACGUCCUCGCGGAAUUCAUCGGCGGCUCCUUCGUCGAGGGCAACGCUCUGGCCAUGUGCUUCUUCAAGUCCUAUGGCUACGUCACCUGUGCCCACGCCUUGGCCUUUAGCAACGACUUGAAGCUAGCUCAUUAUAUCAAAAUUGCACCGCGCUUCACCUUCUUUGCACAAAUGGUUCCCAGUCUCGUCACCACCUUUGUCUACAUUGGUAUUAUCCAAUUCCAGGUCCGCCUCAAGGACGUUUGCACUGACGAUGCUCCCUUCCGCUUCACCUGCCCUGGCAUCAACACCUUCUUCACCGCUGCUGUUCUGUGGGGUACUGUUGGUCCCAAGCGUCUCUGGGGUGUCGGCGGCACCUACUCCGUCACCCUUCUCGGCUUCCCCCUUGGCGUUGUCAUUGUGCUCCUCUUCUGGCUGGCCGGCAAGAAGUGGCCCAAUAGCGCCUUUAUCCGCAACAUUCACCCUGUUGUCCUGAUGAACGGUGGUCUGUCCUGGGCGCCGUACAACCUCUCCCAGAUGUGGCCCGCCGUCCCCGUGGCGGCCUUUUCGUGGCUAUUCCUCCGCAAGCGUUUCCUCGGCUUCUGGUCCAAGUAUAACUUUGUGCUGUCCGCUGCCUUUUCCGCCGGCAUCGCCAUCUCGGGCCUGGUUCAGUUCUUUGGUCUGGCGUACAAAGGGACAGAAUUCAACUGGUGGGGAAACACAGUUGUCGGUUCGGGCUGCGAGGAUGGCGUAUCGUGUCCUCAUAUGACGCUCGCCCCGGGCGAGUACUUUGGACCGGGACCGGGGGAGUUUUAA